CGUCGACAAAUUCAAGCUCGGAACGAAAAUCGGCAAAGGCUCCUUCGGCAAGCUCUAUCAAGGCACCAACCUCGAAAUCAGAGAACAAGUCGCCAUCAAGAUCGAGUCCACGUACACCAGCCAAUCUCCAUCGCAGCUCUUUCGCGAGUCCAGCCUGUACACCCUCUUCCAGGGGUCCCCCAGCUAAAAUGGUUCGGAAUCGUGGAGUCCGACGACCGCUACUACAACGUAAUGGUCGUCGAGCUCCUCUGUCCGAACCUGGGGGACCUCUUGAACCAUUGCCACAAGAGGUUCACUCUGAAAACAACCCUAAUGCUCGCCCUUCAGCUCCUCGACAGGGUCCAAUUCGUGCACUCGAAGGGCUAUCUCCACCGCGAUAUAAAGCCCGAGAACAUCGUUAUGGGCCUGGGCCGGUGGGCCGGGAGGGUUUACUUGAUCGAUUAUGGGCUCGCGAAUAGGUACAGGGACCUAAGGGACCACAGGAGGCAUAUCUACGUGGAAGACAAGGUAGGGUUUGCGGGGACGGCGAUAUAUGCUAGCGUGAGUGUCCACCGUGGAGUUGAGCAGAACAGGAAGGACGAUUUCGAGUCUCUUGGUUACGUGUUGGUGUAUUUCCUACGUGGCGGUCUGCCGUGGCAGGAUUUGACGAGAAAUGGGAAGACGGAUUGGAGAUACGAGAAAAUGGGCGAGAUGAAGGUUUCUAUUAAUUGCUUAUAUAUAUAUGAAGAGUCGCUUAGGGAAGGUUUGCCGUACGACUUUGUGGCGUAUUUCCGUUACUGCCGGCGUGAGCUGCGGUUUGAGGAUGAACCGGAUUAUGAGUACUUGAAGGGAAUGUUUAGGGGCUUGUUUGUGACGGAAGGGUUUGAGUUUGACUGGACCGUUCCGCGGUGUUAA